AUGAUCUUCCCCGUGGCCCUAAUUUCUGCCAUUUUCCUAAUUUCUGCCUCCUUGGGAUUGGAAGAAUCAUGCUACCUCUCCGAAGAGCAGGAAGAUGAAUGCGCGUCAGUUUGUUAUCCGAUCGUGAAACCUCUACUACGAUACUUCGAGAAAAGUAACGAGAGGGAUGCGCAGCUCCUAAAGUGCAGGGCUGAUUACACAGAAUUGCAGAAAGAGGGUCUACGCUAUUUUGAGAACACCAACGAAAAGGAUGCCCAGCUCCUAAGGUGCAAGACAGACUAUUCGGAACUUCAGAAACGAUACUCGGAUUUGCAGAGCGAGGAUCUAAAACAAUAUGCCCAGAUAUCCAAAUGCCAACUGGAUUUUUCGGACUUGGUGAGAAAGAAUUCGGAAGUGCAGAGUCAACUUAGUGAUGAGAAAGUUAAAUAUGCGCAGUUGCAUUCGAAGCAGCAGGAAGUUGACAAUCUAAUAAAUCAGAAAAAUAAGGAAAUCGACCUCCUAAAAGAUCAAAUUAGGGAACUAAAAGAAAAAAGUGAACUUGCUACGUUGACUAAUCAGUUCCGCGAAGACAUUGCCAAGUUGGGAAAAAUAGUAAAGAUUGGAGGAAUUCAUGAAAAUAAUCCAACAAAAUCGGAAGUCGAAACUGGGGAGAUCCCAACAACUCCACUGCCUAAUAUUAAGAUUGAGACGACGCCCAAAACAGAAACCAUAGAUUUUCCAGAUCCUUGUCCACGAAACCAAAAAGAAAGAAUAGUCCUCCGCGAAAUCCAACUACCAGGCUCAGACCCGUUUAAAGUGGUUUGUUAUUCAGAUUCGGAUUUUGGAUCUGGAUGGUUGACUGUUUAUACAAAAUCGUUUUAUUCAAAAAUAUUUAAUCGCACGUAUGAGGUUUAUGAACGUGGAUUCGGAUAUGCCGGGACUAGGUGGGAAGAUAAAUUCUUUAUUGGACUCAAUCGAUUGCACCAUCUGACCAGUGGAAAGCGUUAUGAAGUGCUUUUAUACACCAGUGUGGGGCAAAGCAGAUGCGACCACUUUAUUGUGGGCGAUAGAAGCGACGGGUACAAGGUGAAAAGUAUUGGCAAUUGUGAUGGACACGGCGCGAUGAGCCCUAAGCAGGGCUCCAAAUUUUCCACCUUCGAUCGAGACGAGGAUGGAGUUCCUCAUCGUAAUUUGGCGAAGGAAGUGGGCUAUGGCUGGUGGUUCGAUUCUUCUAUAAGCCCUUCCGUACGCAUUCUGUUGUGGAAUAUUUUGGCUUUUCUAUACGUAUGGGUAUGUCCCGAUUUCUUAUCAGAAACUCUGAAGCUCAGUCUCAAGCUCAAGCUCAUGGGCGCGGAUGGCUUUAUAAAGCCGGAGCUCCAAGACUCGCAGCAUCAGUUGAAAUAUUUCCAGAGACUCUUUCAGUAG